UGACAUGGCCAACGUCGCCGACACCAAGCUGUACGACCUUCUCGGGGUUCAGCCCGGCGCCACCGAGAACGAGCUGAAGAAGGCUUACCGCAAGCUAGCCAAGGAAUAUCACCCAGACAAGAACCCAAAUGCAGGAGACAAGUUUAAGGAGAUCAGCUUCGCCUAUGAAGUCCUGUCCAACCCAGAGAAGAAGGAACUGUAUGACCGGUAUGGAGAGCAGGGCCUGCGGGAAGGGAGCGGAGGUGGCGGCAUGGAUGACAUAUUCUCGCAUAUCUUUGGCGGGGGCCUGUUCGGGUUUAUGGGUGGACAGAACCGAAGUCGCAAUGGCAGAAGGAGAGGGGACGACAUGAUGCACCCACUCAAAGUAUCUUUAGAAGACUUGUACAACGGAAAGACAACCAAACUUCAGCUAAGCAAGAAUGUGCUGUGUAGUUCCUGUAACGGACAAGGCGGGAAGAGCGGAGCAGUUCAGAAAUGUACAGCCUGCAGAGGCCGAGGCGUGCGUAUAAUGAUCAGACAGCUGGCUCCGGGGAUGGUGCAGCAGAUGCAGUCCGUCUGUUCUGACUGCAGUGGGGAAGGGGAAGUAAUUAAUGAAAAAGAUCGCUGUAAAAAAUGCGAAGGCAAAAAAGUCAUCAAAGAAGUGAAAAUCCUAGAGGUUCACGUGGACAAAGGCAUGAAACACGGACAGAGAAUCACAUUCACUGGAGAGGCGGACCAAGCCCCAGGGGUGGAACCCGGAGACAUUGUGCUGGUGCUACAAGAGAAAGAAAACGAGAGCUUUCAGCGGGAUGGAAACGACCUGCAUAUGACGCACAAGAUCGGACUGGUCGAAGCGCUGUGCGGAUUCCAGUUCACUUUCAAGCACCUUGACGCCCGUCAGAUUGUUGUCAAGUAUCCUCCCGGAAAAGUGAUUGAACCUGGCUCCGUGCGUGUCGUCCGAGGAGAAGGUAUGCCGCAGUAUCGCAAUCCCUUUGAGAAAGGAGACCUGUACAUUAAAUUUGAUGUCCAGUUCCCAGAAAGCAACUGGAUCAACCCGGAGAAGCUAACGGAACUUGAAGACCUCCUUCCCGCCAGACCUGAAUCCUCCACGAUCACCGCCGAGGCAGAGGAAGUAGACCUCCAAGAGUUUGACAGCACCCGCGGCACGGGAAGCGGACAGAGGCGCGAGGCCUACAACGACAGUUCAGAUGAAGAAAGCAGCCACCACGGGCCGGGAGUUCAGUGCGCACAUCAGUAAACCUUUCUAAGUUGCACAA